CAACUCCACAAAGAGCUUCUCUUUCAUCCUUCUUUCCCUCUAUAGAAAAACAAGAAUUAAGAAUACAAUGGCUACUUUAAAGGUAUUGAUGUUCCCAUUUUUGGCUUAUGGACACAUAUCUCCAUUUCUAAACGUAGCUAAGAAACUCGCGGACAGAGGGUUCUUGAUUUACUUCAUUUCAACUCCGAUAAAUCUCAAAUCCAUCAUCAAGAAAAUCCCCGAAAAGUAUGCUGAUUCGAUUCAGCUUAUCGAACUUCACUUACCAGAAUUACCCGAACUUCCUCCUCAUUACCAUACGACUAAUGGUCUCCCACCCAAUCUCAAUCACAUCCUUCAAAAAGCCCUGAAAAUGUCCAAACCAAACUUUUCGAAAAUCUUGGAAAAUCUGAAACCUGAUUUGGUGAUUUAUGACGUAUUGCAGCAAUGGGCUGAACGUGUCGCGAAUGAACACAACAUUCCAGCAGUUAAGCUUAUAACUUCGGCUGCAUCUGUGUUUUCGUAUUUUUUCAACAUACUGAGGAAACCAGAGGUUGAAUUCCCUUUCCCUGCUAUUUAUCUCAGGAAAAUUGAGCAAGUAAGAUUGAGUGAAAUGGUGGCGAAAUCUAAUAAUGAGAAAGAACCUGAUGAUGGAGAUCUUUUAGUUGAUGGAAAUAUGCAAAUCGUGUUGAUGAGUACUUCUAGAACUAUAGAAGCCAAAUAUAUUGAUUAUUGCCUUGAAUUGAGCAAUUGGAAAGUUGUUCCAGUUGGUCCACCAGUACAAGAUCCAAUCACUAAUGACGCGGACGAUAUGGACCUCAUGGAUUGGUUAGGAACAAAAGAUGAGAAUUCAACUGUUUUUGUCUCCUUUGGGAGUGAGUAUUUCUUGUCAAAAGAAGAUAUGGAAGAAGUAGCUUUCGGGUUGGAGUUAAGUAAUGUUAAUUUCAUAUGGGUUGCAAGA